UGCAGUGUCUCUCACCGAAUCGGAUAAGGACAGAAGAAAAAGAACACCUAAAAGAACUCAAUGGUAUUUUCGUUAAUAGGGAACAAGCUCAGGCUUUGGGUCUGUUGGACAUGCUCGACAGUCGACAUAUGGGUUUACGCUGCUUAUUAGGCAUAUGUUUAUUAAAAAAAAUUAUAUAUGGCAAAAUAAUACGGCAACGAUAUGUCCCGGGGAUACAAUGAAACAGAUUAUCGCUAGGUCAGUCAUGAAAGCAGCUGGCUAAAUUCUGUUAAAUAAACCAGUCACUUUUCGUUAGAAAAAAAUCCAUAAGACCCAUCUCUUCCUUACGAAGUGUACGGUUCCACCUUGAACUUUUACGUUUCGUUCUGCUCGGCCUUUAUACGGUCUUAGGGAACAUAGUCAUUUAUAAUUGUCAAUCCAAGCACUGUCAAGCAUUUUCUGCUCAAUUCGGGUGCAUAGCAAUACCAUGUAUACGCGCAGCAGCAGCAUCCGUGUACUACCGUUGUGCUGUAAAGCAGAUGACACAGUGUAUCGGGAAGUGUAGAGCGCACCAACAGAUUGCAAUACGACCACCGGUGUAGGGGCGCUCAGCCAGUGUACAUGUAUGUACUCUUUCUUUCUGUACGUCUGAUGGCCACGGUCGACGGAGACAGCAGCAGCACGGCGGAACCAAUUGCCGGGGGUGUUUGACCGCUUUGAAGGCCACGUAUCAGGUCCUUGGUAGCAGAGCAGCUUUGGGAAGGCCAACGCAGGGCUUUUUGUUGUGCUGUACCUUUAGAAAAUAGCGUUUCGCGGAAAAUGCGUGCGUUCUUCUGCUCUGCGUGCGUUACAGAAGAACGAUGACUAUGACCGAUACUUCUACCGUCCUGAUAGUAGAAACAUCACUCAGCGCGCCUUUUAGCCAGUGUCGUCUUGUAGAGCGGCUUCAGUUGUGAUAUGUAGGAUUCGUCAUGUUUUUUUCGAGAAGUGUAUGGAAGGUCAACAAGAACUUUCUCCAAACAUAACGACGCUACCUGGGAACACGCAACGAUGGUGUUGGUUAGGGUAUGGAGUACAGACAAGAGUCGCAAGAAGCUGCUCAACAUCAGUGAUGGAGAAGACCUCAAACGACAAGCCAUUGCCAAGGGGCUCGCCAGGGACCCAAGCCAUGUUCGGGUAUACCUAGAGGAUGGAACGGAAAUUGAGGAUGAUGUCAUAGCGGACGUACUACAAGACUCGUCCUUCGAGAAGGUUUUCGUUCUCUCGGAGAGUGGGUGGCAUUUUGAACGACCGACUAGCAGUUAUAUGCGCGAGCGAAGAUCGCGAGGCUACCCCGCUCCACUGCCACCCCUCAAUCAGCUCGCGCUCAAUCAUGGCGCACACAACAAUCAUCUCGGGGCCCAUUUGAGUAAUCACAACCACGGCAGUCAUCAUAGCAGCAACAGUCAACAAGCGAAUAGUCAAACGGCCGGAAACAAUGGCCAAGCAGGACACCAAGGGGGCAGUCAAGCCAAUCAAGUGGACCGCGAACGAGAAAUGGCCAGUCGGAACCACGUAACAGCGAUGGCCGCCUACCAACAACUGCUGCAGCAACAACCACCGCCAGAUCUAAGUGGACUUAAUAACAGCAAUCAAAGCAACAACGACAACACCACUAAUGCUGGAGACUCGGAUGAAAGUGACUCAGCUCUAUCGGGCUCAAAUCAGAACAAUUCCAAUAUGAACGGCGCUGGGCCUCAGUCGCCCGUCACGCAGAUGGUUGAAGGUGACGCGGAUCUAUUACUAAAAACACCAAACAGCCAGGGAGGUGGAGGAGGAGGUGGUGGCGGAAACGGUACGGGACAAGGUAACCGAGGUGGUCAAUCCGAUCAGCAAGGGGACGGAGGCGACGACGACGACCACGAGGCUAACGACGUUGAGGACGCAUGCAAGGCCGUGGCUGCCAUUCUGCCAGACAUCUCGCUUAAGACACCCCUGCAGGGAGCGUGGCACAGAGCACCGUCCCCGCAAAGCCUGAUGAUGAACGGGGGCAACGGAGUAUUAGGCGGAAUGGGCGGUCCUGGUGUAGGCGUUCCACCUGGAAUGUCGCCUGGAAUGGGGGUAGCCUGUGUGUUCCAGAUCCCCUGGGACCGCCUGCCCGACUACGUCAUUCAGACGCUUGAGGAGGGCCGCAAGUUGGACAAGAGGGACCGUCUGGAAAUGAUCCGGAUCGUAUGCGCGGCGAUGGAGCAACAAUUCGGCGCGCGGCCGGCGCGGCGCCAGAUCGCCGAGGUAGCCCGGGAAAUGGUGGCCCGCUAUCCUCAGUCUCUGCGCGAUGAACCCGGCGAGGCGACUGUCUUUGGACAAGGUUACGACCGGGUGUUCAAGUACCUGGAGGCCCGUGUUGUCAACAGCUCCAAGAGCAGUCGCAAGCGCACCUACGGGGAAUUGGUAGCUCAGACCCCCGGCGACCUCCGCUCCCCGGCAGCAACCGCCGCCAACCGGGCGAGCCUCCUGCCAGACUUCUGUGAGGCCCUCCUUCAGGAGCAGGAGAACUUCAAGCCUCUUCUGCAGGCUCUUAUGGCUCGAGACGUGAAGAUAGAGCAUUCCGCGUGAUCACCGUCGUUCAACC